UGACUCUUGAUUAUAGGACUAUAUUUCAUUGCAAGAGGAGUGGCAUUUAUUUAUUUUGUGCGAGAUGACCCAAUGAUAUUCAAAGGCACGGUACACGUUCUCAACACGGAGGAUUACUUCGUUUUGAAGCAAGACAUACUUAAUCUUUCAGAGGGUGAGUUAGAGCGUGAAAUCCCCAAAGGAUGUACCGAGUAUCCAUUUAUCUUCACAUUGCCCCGUAAUAUACCAUGCAGCUUUGAAUUCGAGAAUGGCUACACAAGAUACACGAUGAAUGUCGUUAUGAAAAGACGGCUUACAUUUAGUCACCAGUGCAAAACAGCGUUCAGCGUAAUUUCGUGUUUAGACUUGAACGUUUAUCCUGAUAGAUGCCCCGCAAUCUACGAUGAAAUGUACAAGAAUUUCAGUUUCAUGUGCUGGAUGGGGCGAUCCUCGGCGAAGUUACGGAUCAUGAUGCCUUGCACUGGAUUCGUACCAGGGCAGAUAAUAGCUACAACGCUAGAGUACUGGAGUACCACGAAUAUACCGAUUAGGAAAAUCAGCACAAAAUUAGUACGAACACUCCAUUGUCACACGGAAGAUGAAAUGCUGACUAAAAAAACUGUAUUAGAAAAAACUAGGCAUAUGCAACUAUUGCCUAAUAAGCGCGUAACAUUGGAGAUUUUAACACCACCAAUAGCACCCUCUGAACUUGAACAUUGUAAAAUAAUGGACAUUCAUUACAAGUUGGUCGUCUCUAUUCACGUUUCGAGACCGUAUCCUAAAAUUAAGAGAAGUUAUCCUAUUCUGAUCGGAACGGUACCAUUAUAUCGUCCAGCUUUGACAGUUCCGCAUAAAGUCGCACCCUCCUCCCCAACACCAUCUACAUCACAGCCGGCUAUAACCUCAACUCCAAUAUGGAAGCAAGGGGAAUCAAGUGCCUCAAAUAUUCCGCAAGGGGAAUCAAGUGCCUCAAAUAUUCCGCAAGGGGAAUCAAGUGCCUCAAAUAUUCCGCAAGGGGAAUCAAGUGCCUCAAAUAUUCCGCAAGGGGAAUCAAGUGCCUCAAAUAGUCCGCAAGAAGAACAAGCUAAGACUUCUUUGGCUAACCUGGAUAUACCACCACCAUCUUAUGAAGAAAGUAGUUUUAAAGCUCCAUGCAUUGGAGAUCCCGAUGAGUCGGAAUUCAUAUUCGGUUUGAACAGUCCUUUUUCGCCUAAGUAUCCUGUGUUUAACUAUCCAGCACCAGAGUUACCCGAUGAAGAAUUAUAAGAACUGAGAGUUGAUUACCUGCGUAUCUGAUUCGUUCGAAACAUAACAAAAUUCACCAACAGGUGAAAAGCUACGUUGUAGUUUCCGUAUAUGUUUUGACACAAUUUAUUGACUGAUUUUUACUAUUUUAUAUGUACGAUUAUAUACACAUUCGGACUAUGUUUACAAGCAUAUGAAUAUACUUUUCGUGCCGUCGAUUUUCUUUCACGACCGAACCAGCUUGUUUUAUUAAAAGCGACAAGAUGGAAGAGUUUAAUUUACAAAACGAUUAAUUUAAACGACUAUUAUCGUGAUUCUAAUGCGUAGAAAUUAAGGAUACAAGGAUCGAUAUCGUUAGACUGAAAUAUA